CUAUAGUGUGGUCCCUGCUCAAGAGCUUUGAUCGCUAGCGCCGGCCCCAACGACUCGGAUCUUCGCAUCAAGAAAUUGUCCAGCAAGCCCCAGCAACCACCACAAGCCUCAGCGGCCAUCACUCGCCCACGGCACUUCCACACCACACCUUCACCCUCACACCCACCCCACAAUGGCUGCUUCAAGGCUCCUCCGACCCACCUCCCGCCUCGUGUCGGCGUCGCGGCCAGCGCCCGCCUUCCGACCAGCUUUCCGCGCCGCAGCCAUCACACCGUCAAUUGCGAGGAGAGGAUAUGCGUCGGGCCAGAAGGAGAUGACAGUGCGAGAGGCGCUCAACGAGGCCAUGGCCGAGGAGAUGGAGCGCAACGACAAGGUUUUCGUGCUCGGAGAGGAAGUCGCGCAAUACAACGGAGCUUACAAGGUCACAAAGGGCCUGCUCGACCGCUUCGGUGAGAAGAGGGUAAUCGACUCUCCCAUCACAGAGUCAGGUUUCGCCGGUCUGACCGUCGGUGCUGCGCUCGCUGGUCUCCACCCCAUUUGCGAGUUCAUGACCUUCAACUUCGCCAUGCAGGCCAUUGACCAGAUUAUCAACUCCGCCGCAAAGACCCACUACAUGUCCGGUGGUAUCCAGCCCUGCAACAUCACCUUCCGUGGCCCCAACGGUUUCGCUUCCGGUGUCGCUGCACAGCAUUCGCAAGAUUACACUGCGUGGUACGGAAGCAUUCCUGGAUUGAAGGUCGUUUCGCCAUACAGCGCCGAGGACGCCAAGGGUCUGUUGAAGGCUGCUAUCCGCGACCCUAACCCGGUCGUGGUUCUCGAGAACGAACUUCUGUACGGUCUUUCCUUCCCCAUGAGCGAGGAGGCCCAGAGAGACGACUUUGUCAUUCCCUUUGGAAAGGCCAAGAUCGAGCGCCCCGGCAAGGACCUCACCAUCGUCACCCUCUCCCGCUGCGUCGGCCAAUCCCUCGUCGCCGCCGAACAACUCAAGUCCAAGUACGGCGUCGAAGCCGAAGUCAUCAACCUGCGCUCCAUCAAGCCCCUCGACGUCGAAGCCAUUGUCAAGUCCGUCAAGAAGACCGGCCACAUGCUCUGCGUAGAAUCUGGUUUCCCCUCAUUCGGUGUUGCGUCUGAGAUUAUGGCGCUCACUUGCGAGUACGCCUUCGACUACUUGGAGGCGCCUCCUGCGCGUGUUACCGGUGCUGAGGUGCCCACGCCGUAUGCCCAGAAGUUGGAGGAGAUGAGCUUCCCCAGUGAGAGCUUGAUUGUGGAUUAUGCCGCCAAGCUUCUCCGCGUAUAGAUCCGGACUGUAAGGACAGGAGUUCGGUGACGCAGCUAUUCCAGCGUUUUUGUACUCGAUCGGUGCAUUGCGUAGGGAAAUGAGGGUUUAUGUUUGGUGCUGGACUGGAAUGAGACUUUGUAUGAUUCAGAUGGCCAUUUUCGGUUGAGGUAGACACGUAGGUGCUGGGUUAGAGCAUUUUCGAUUGCAUGUACAAGUAUUCCUAUUGCAACUCUAUCUAACGACUUUGAGACAUACGAAGUCUGGAAGCAG